AGAACAGGAAGAGACACGAGGAGAGAGGAGAGAGGAGGAGAGAGGAGAAGAGGAGGAGGAGCAGAGAGAGGAGCAGCGCAGAGGAGGAGAAGAGAGAGAGGAGGAGGAGCAGAGGAGGAGGAGGAGCAGAGGAGGAGGAGCAGAGGAGGAGGAGAAGAGGAGGAGGAGCAGAGGAGGAGGAGCAGAGGAGGAGGAGCAGGACAAAACGGACAGGAUGGACUGACACCUGGAGCUGAGGCCACGCGCCCGCGUCUCCACGUCCCACUGAGUCCCCGCUCGUCUGUGCUGUGAUGGAGGGCUGCCUGGGGCCUCGGGUGUACACCGCGGUGCCGGAGGGCGGGUGGGGCUGGGCGGUGGCUCUGUGUUUCUUCGUGGUGGAGGUCUGCACCUACGGGACCCUCAAGAGCCUCGGCGUGUUCCUCCAGGACCUGAUGCUGGAGUUUGAAGAGAGCAGCAGCCGAGUGUCCUUUGCCGUCUCCAUCUGCAUCUUCAUGUUUUCAUUCACAGCGCCUCUGUCCACUCUGCUGAGCACUCGUCUGGGUCACCGUCCCGUGGUGAUGAUGGGCGGCUUCCUCAUGAGCCUCGGCACCAUCACCUCCGGCUUCAUCAACUCCAUCCACGACAUGUACAUCACCAUCGGGGUCAUCACAGGUCUGGGCUACAGUCUGGCCUUCCUGCCCACGGUCACUCUUCUGGCCCAGUACUUCUCCAGGCGUCGCGCUCUGGUCACGUCUCUGGCGUCUUCCGGAGAGUCUUUCGCCGUCUUCGCCUUCGCUCCUGCCUUCACCGUCCUCAAGGAGCACAUCGGUUGGCGGUACUGCCUGGUGCUCAUCGGCGCCAUCCAGACGUGUGUGAUUGGCUGCGGUUUACUCCUUUGUCCAAUCAGCAUUGAGCCUGAGCCGGGGAAGGAGGAGCCUCUGUGCGAAAAGGAACUGGAGGUGUUAUUUGAGCUGGAGAACGAGCAAACCCGCACCUCCAUUAGCUCCACGGCGUCCCGGAGCUCUGAGGACUCCGGGGUCACGUCGCUCAGCUCCUCACAGGAAGAGGUGAAGGAGCAGGGAAGAGCGGAGCCGGAGGAGCAGAACGAGGCCGAGGCCACGCCCAAGCUCCUGGACUUCACCGUGUUGAAAGACGGAGCGUUCAUCUGCUACUCUCUGUUCGGACUGUUCGCCACGGCGGGCUUCUUCGCUCCACAGCUGUACGUGAUCGAGCUGAGUAAGAGCCGCGGGGUGGAGCCGCACAUGGCGUCCUACAUGCUGUCUGUGAUGGCGGUGGCGGAGAUCGUGGGUCGACUCACUAUCGGCCUCAUCCUCACCAGGGCGCCGAUCAGAAAGACUCUGGUGCUCCUGGUCUGUGUAUUCGCCAUGUGCCUGGUGCUGGGCGCGUUCACACUGGCAUCAGGCUUCUGGAUGCUGGUGUUCUGCUGCGCCAUCUACGGGUACUUCAUGGGCACCGUGGGCUCCACCCACAUCCCGCUGCUGGCGGAGGAGGAUGUGGUGGGGGUGCAGAGGAUGGCGUCGGCGGUGGGCGUCUACGUUUGCAUCCAGAGCUUUGCUGGACUGGCCGGACCACCGCUGGGAGGGCUCCUGGUGGACGUGACGCAGAACUACGGCGCCGCCUUCGCUCUCUGCGCCGGGGGCAUGGCUCUGAGCGCCGUCUGCUUGGCUCUGGUGAGACCCAUCAAGUCCUGCAGAUGUUCUGAGGAGCCUGAGGAGCCUGAGGAGCGGGACAGUGAGAAGCUGGACUUCCUGGACGUGGAUCUGCCCCUUUAAGAAGAGCUGCUGCUGCUGGAGUCUGACGUCCAGCGAACUCAGGGUCAGCGCCUCACGGAGCUGAACAUCUGAGUCUUCCACUGACUGUGUGUGUCCUGUGUGCGCCACAGACACUAAACACACAAACACACACCAAAAACACACAUUAGACACCAAAAACACACACCAGGCACCAAAAACACACAUCAGACACUAAACACACUGUGUGUCACUGUGUGUAGCUCAGUACAUUUACACAAAGUUCAUAUUCUGAGUACUGACUGAGUACUUGUACUUCUGUGCAGUUACUCUUUCAUUUCGUAGUAUUCAGAGUACAGAAUACUUUUCUAAAUUAAAGUAAUACUCUGUUUCUUCUCAAAGUGCAUGCUGAAAUAUCAGUGAUGUUCCUGUGUGGAGUUUUUCUCUAAAAAUGAAAAACAAUCAGUGCAACAAAAUACAGAUGUUUGUGAUUAUGACACAUGAGACUAAUAUAGUACUGCAUGGUGUAAAAGUAUUCAGAGUAUUCAGAACACAGUACUCUGAAAACACAAAUUAAAGUGUAUUUUGUAACAUGUUCAUUACACGGUCCAGUCAGUGUUUGUAACGACAUUUUCUCAGCAAAAGAUGAAGUUUAAAUGUCACUGGACAAACUGAAGAAGUGAAGACGAUUCUGCUCGAGCAAGACAGAGUUAAACAGAGUUAAACUACACACACUCACACACACACACCCCCCCCACACACACACACUUUGGUGAUCGAGGCCUUUGGUUUAACUUGAAAACACGUCCUGAGCUUUACAGAGUCUGAGACAGGGUCAAGGGUCAAACCAGAGAUGAUCAAACCAGGACCUGGACCUGUGUUUGUUUCAUUCACACAUUAUUAUUAUUAUUGACACUUUAUUUAUCCAAAGCUCAAAAUGCGACGUUCCACCUUGUGAUGUCAUGAAGUGGGCCCUUUAAAUAGAGUAAUGUGGGCCCUUUAAAUAGAGUAAUGUGGGCCCUUUAAACAGAGUAAUGUGGGCCCUUUAAACAGAGUAAUGUGGGCCCUUUAAACAGAGUAAUGUGGGCCCUUUAAACAGAGUAAUGUGGGCCCUUUAAAUAGAGUAAUGUGGGCCCCACACAAAUGAAGACGGCACAACAAACAUUUAUCCUGUCAUUUUAAAACAGUGUGUGGAUGAAAGAAAAGCCCCGCUCUGCAGACUCCUCCCCCUGGUCUGUGAUUCCUCUGAACACUUCACCACAGUGACACUGUGACCAGACUGACUUUGAACACCCUGGUUUGAACCCUGCAGAGUCUUUAAUCCGCCUUACGCCGCGUCUCCAGCACCUCCUCUGGGCGGGAGGUGCUUCAGACGGACACACACAUGUACCUCUUACUUUGGCUGCACUCAGACUCACACCAGCCUGUAACUUUUAAGAAAACAACACACUCUGCCAAGAAUCUGAAAUCUUAAACCUGUUCAAAGUGCGUCACGUUCUAGGUGAUGUUCUUUAUGGAUUAACCACGAGAACAUGAAGGACAAACACACAGAAACAGAACUUUAACAGAGCGAUAAUGAUGAUGAUGAUGAUGAUGAUGAUGAUGAUGAUGAUGAUGAUGAUGAUGAUGAUGAUGAUGAUGAUGAAGAAACGGAGGCAGGACAUUCAGGACUGACCCAGAGUCAUCCUUCAGUCAGCAGCCUUUCCUCACACUUGAAUGUCGUCACUUUUUCUUCUUCUUUGGACAUGAUGGUCUGGACUUGGUUGUAUUUAUUAUAAUAAAGUCUUAUCAUU